CAACAAUUAAGUUUGAGAAAUCAAUUUAAAAAAUCAAAAAUUCUUCAAAGUAUCUUGUAUAAUCAAGAUGAAUUGAAGCGGGUAUUGGAUAAUUUACAACAAAGUCCUAUAAAGAAGAAUUUUCGAAUGAAUGAAUCUAGGAAUGAUGAUGAUUCAUCUAUGAUACGAAAAAGGUUUAAUAAACGACAAAGAAUGUUGCAAUUACAACCUAGCGUUCCUACUAUUUUUGAGGAAGAUGAGUCUGAAGUGCUAUUUGAAUAUGAAUCUAAUGAGAUUACGAAUUCGGAAUAUGGUUAUUUAACAACUAUAAUUGAAGAGGAUGAGGAUGAAUCAGGUGAUAGUGGAUAUAAUAGUAGUAAUGAAAAACCUUUGGAUCCGUACGAUGAACAAUGCUUUAAU